CGCGGGCCCUCCCACUUCGCCCGGGGUGUGACGGGCCGGGCCGGGCCGGGACAGACGAGACGGCAACAUGCUGGGCAUGAUUAAGAACUCCCUGCUGAGCACGGUGGAGACAUGGCCCUACCGGGUGCUGAGCAAGGGGGAGAAGGAGCAGCUCAGCUACGAGGAGAGGGAGUGUGAAGGCGGGCAGUUUGCUGUGGUGGAGGUGACGGGGAAGCCCUUUGAUGAAGCCUCGAAGGAAGCAGCGCUGAAGCUUCUGAAGUAUGUUGGAGGAAGCAAUGACAAAGGCGCUGCAAUGGGCAUGACUGCUCCUGUCUCCAUCACUGCUUUUCCUGCUGAAGAUGGCUCCUUACAGCAGAAAGUGAAGGUCUAUCUGCGAAUCCCAAACCAGUUUCAAGCCACUCCUCCCCAUCCUAGCGAUGAAAGCAUUAAGAUUGAAGAGAGACAAGGGAUGACCAUUUAUUCCACGCAGUUUGGUGGCUAUGCCAAAGAGAUGGACUAUGUGAACUAUGCUGCCAAACUGAAGACUGCUCUGGGAAGUGAAGCUGCAUACCGCAAGGAUUUCUACUUCUGCAAUGGUUAUGACCCCCCUAUGAAGCCUUUUGGGAGACGCAAUGAGGUCUGGUUUGUAAAAGAGUGAGCAUCUGGAUCCCUGUGAUGCUGCAUUAUGCUGACGGUCUCCCCAUACUCUGUCUCUAUUCUCUUCAAAAUAAACUAACAAUUUGGCGGAGGCAGAAAGCCAUUAUCCUCUCCCUUCACAUCCAUGCCUUGGUCUUUUAUGGACUAACCAUUUUAGAAGAAAGAACACUGCACACUCUCCUGAUGAUCCUCCUUCAUUGCAGACCAAGUUCUCAAUCACAGACUCUCGUGAUCUCACAGUGGCUUGCUUUUAUCUUCCUCAUGCUCCCAAAGUUCAGUGCCGAGACAGCUGAAGUAAUCAAUUACCAGGACUGGUUCCUGACAGGAGUCAUGUCCAAGUGCUGGCAGGCUAUUAGUCUUGCCUGAGGCAGGGGAAUAUGAUGAAAGUGCAUACAGGUGUUUUUUUUUUUUUUUUAUCAUCUUGAGCUUGCUGCAGCAGUAAGAUGCUGCAAGCAUCUGUGCCAUUGGAGAAGCAAUGUAAAGGGACAUGAGGGACAUGAACAUUGCUACCAAAAACAAUGCAGUGAGAAUAAGCAUCAUUUACAUUUUCUUAUAGUGUGCAGGAAAGCAACAUUUGUGUCAUCUAACUGGAAAAAGUUAUUUGUAGGAAGAUUUCUGUUUGCCGCUGUCCCUUCUGUUUGAAGUAGGACAUUGUAGAUUGUAUUGUGUUCUGAUCUCAGCUAGCAGCUGAAAGGUGUGACAAGUAAGACCCCAAGAUCAUUUCAUCACCUUCCUGUUAUUGGUGUGUAAUACUGCUCUAAAACUAGCCUACACGAGGACUAAAGUUGAAAUGCAUGUGGUAUUCUGAUUGAAUUAGAAAAAUAUAGACUGUGAAAAAGCAGGUACCUGUUACUUGUCAUCUGAGGGUGCAUUUGAUGAAUGAUGAGCAUCUAGUGGGACGUCUGUAAGUGCAGAUCUCUCUUUUUAAAUGAAGUGACUUUCAAAAGGGCUACUCUGAGCAGCUGUCUGACACACCCCUCUGAUGCUAAAAUGCCUCAGGGUUCAGGUGCUCUCCAAAAGAGACGUUCCUGCUGGAGCUGAACAAAAUUAUUCAUAUGGUGACCUGGGUUCUGGCCAGUUGAGCUGUGUGACCUGUGCCUCCUUUUUGAGAACAAAUCAGUAAUAGGAGAAAACAUGAAGUCCUGAUUUUUUUUUCUUUUCUCUAUUGCUGAGCCAUGUAAGAACUUCAGUGUGAACCUCACAAGAGAGUUUCAGUUCCCUGUAUGCAACAGCAGCUGGUCAAGACUUGCAAAAGUAGAUGAGUACUUAGAUUUCAAAAAAUAAAAGCAAGGGAAAAGCUGUUUGCUGUGGUUAAUGAUUACAGCACAGGGGAAAAGAAAUCAAAAGGAAAUCAAGGGAAACAAAUGGAGUUCAGGAAGCAUGGUAGGCUGUGAAGGACUUUGUAAGAAGUAAAGGCGUUUCUUAGGCCAUCCCCAAAGCCAGAGGGACUUGUUCUUACCACAAACUCUUUUUUAUCUGCAUGGGUGUGGAAUGGCGGGAUGCAGUUCUGCCCUGUUUAUGCAUUCCUGAAUUGAUUUUGGAAAUCGCGUAUAGACUAUCUAUGCAUAUAGUCAUUUCUGGCUACUGACAAUACCAAUAUAUUGCAAUGAUCGUAAUCCUGAAAUUCCUCAAAAUUCGUGAGACAAAAGUCUCAGAUGUUUGAAAGAUCAGUAAUAAGCCUGAUAUGCGCAGAGCUGCACAUCUCAUCAGUGUGGUACAGAGGACGCUGUUUGGUUUUGUUUAGUUUUCAUAACAUGCAAACACUUUCUGAGCAAAAAGCAAGGACAUCUGACCCAAUAGCAACCAGUUCUGGAAGCUCUGCCUCUGCAGCCCUGCUGCUGACCUUUUGCAUUGAGCAUACAGGGUAAAGUUUCAUAAACAGUUUUACUGGUAUCAAAAGCUUAUGCAAACUAAACUGCCUUUUCUAUACAAGCUAAGAUGCCUGUGUUCUAUGUGCAUUCUCUAGAAUUUUAAAGAAAGAAAUACAGUAAUGUGAGUUACAGCUUUUGCUGAUAGUUGACUUUGUGAGCUUAGUGGGAGCUGUUGAUUUGGGAGACUUUAAAUUGCCAGUUUGGGGUGUUAAUCACCUCACAUCUAUAAGAAGUCAUAAUGCUUUCUCCAAUAAAUUGCUAUUUUUGGUA